AAACACCGCCAUCGCCUCCGUUCACUUUCACUCGGACAGCGCGCGAUUUCUGCAGACUGCAGUCGUUCAGUUACCCGCUGGUCGCGUGCGCCUCAGCUGCUGCGGUGGUCACGAAAACAAACGUUGCGCUUUACAAACGGUAUCGGAAAUUUGCACAAUGAUCUGACACCAAGCAUGAACAUGAACGAGCCAUGGCCGGCUAUAGAAUCAAGAGUUACCAAACAUUACUAUACCUGUUCACGUUCGUCGCAAUCGGCGAAAUACAGUGUCAGGGUAGAGAUGGCACUGUAGCGAGACUACAGACACCACAACCAAGAGGGCGCGCCAUACCUAUAGCAUCCGCCAACGGAGGAACCGCGGCAAACUCCAUAAGCCGCCCGACCAAACAGCAACAGCAGGAUGCCAUCUCCAAACAAACCACACCGGCUCCACCGGUCUCUGUUAAAGAGCUCUUCAACUCUUCGUCGUGCGUCGAACCUCCGUUCACGUGCCCUCAUCCGAGGAUCCAGUUUUACUUGUAUACCAGACUCACGCAGAAUAAUCCCGACUUGUUGGACGUGACCGACCCGGAAUCGUUGUAUAAUUCACAUUUCAACCCCAAACAUCCGGUUAAGAUUAUUAUACAUGGUUUCCAAGGUGGACGAAACUUGUCACCGAGUACAGAUCUCCGGAACGCUUAUUUCACUCGGGGAAACUACAAUAUAAUCAUAGUGGACUAUUCAACUUUGGCGCAAAUACCUUGUCUGAACCAAGUGGAAUGGGCACCCAGAUUCUGUGGCAUGUGCAUUGCUCAACUAGCCAACUACUUAGCCGAUCAUCCUCGAGGAGUUCCACCCGACAAGCUUCACAUGAUGGGGUACAGCGUGGGAGCUCACAUCGCAGGACUAGCUUCCAAUUUUAUCAAUUCGGGAAAAAUUGGCCGAAUCACCGGCUUGGACCCGACGAUCAUAUUUUACAUGAGCAACAACCGAUCCAGGGAUCUCGAUCCCACAGACGCACAUUUCGUGGAUAUCAUACACACAGCGGCGGGCAUCCUAGGCCAGUGGGGCCCCAGCGGACAUGCCGAUUUCUACGUAAACGGCGGUACUUCGCAGCCAGGUUGCGCAAGCGAUAGCAUCAUACAGACGCUGUCGUGCGAUCACACCAAAGUUACGCCAUACUUCAUUGAAUCGAUCAAUUCUAACAUCGGAUUCUGGUCGAUACCGUGUUCCAACCGAUUUUAUUUCAAUUUGGGCCUUUGUAAUCCGCCAGAGUCGGAGUACGUUUUGAUGGGCGAACACGUAACACACAAAGCCCGUGGUAUUUAUUACUUGCAUACAAACGCGAAAAAACCUUACGCCAGAGGCUUCCCCAAAAAGUGAUCGCCGACAAACUGCAACACGGAGCGCAGCCCUCAACGAUACACAUACAAAAAUAAAAGCCUAGUCAAAUAAUAUUUAAUCAUUAUUGUUUUUUGCGAUACUCACUGAUACCAUCAUCGGAUACUUAUAAUGAUUAUUGUAUCGUAUUAUGUAUUGCGCUUGUGCGAAUAACCUGAUGUGUAUAUUGCUUUUGUAUAUUUUUUAUGCGUACGGUGAAUGUUUCAAGUUUUUCGUGAUCAUAGAUUAUUUUGUAAAUAAUUGUCGGUGUACAAAAUAGACGAAUUAUUAUAGUGUAUAGUCAGGUAUAGUCAGGUAUAGUCGUCGUAAAAUUUAUAUUCGUAUACAGUGUAUUUUUCGAUAUUUUAGAUGUGGUAUGUGCACCUAUAUCUUAAUAAAUACAUAUAAUAUGUGUAAUGUGUAUCGGGAACGACACGUGCAAACGAUAAAUUGCAAAAAAAUAUAAAUGCCAAUUUAGUUUAGAAUAAUAUUAGUAUAAAAUUUGUUUUGUGGUAAUUAAAACAUGCAAAUUAUUAUUUUACGACUCAAAAAUAUGUUGUGUAGCAGUAGUAAGAAAUUUCCUAUAAUGGCAUCACAAUCGUAUUGUAUUUUAUUGCCAUAAAAUAUUAUUAUUACAAUUAUUGAAAAUAAAAUGUUUUUAUUGUAACCUAA